GAGGAUGCAGAGCACAUUCGAGAGGAGGCAUCGCUCUUGACAGCCCAACUUCUUUGCAUCCGAAGAAGGGCAUGAACCCAGGGGUUUCCUGGGAGCGCAGAACGUUUGAGUGCCGGCGCUCUUUUUGCAGCGUAUUGCUGGAAAGAGCUGGCAGAGAGACGGACACUUGGCUAUGGCUUCAUUUCGGGUUGCCCGCAGACUUUGGUGGGGCUGCAGCAGGAGGUUUGUUUCAACUGAUUUGGUUCCUAAACUAUCAACAGCUGAGAUUGCACAGAUGCGCAACAAGCUCUUUGCGAAGGAAAAAGAGAGACAAUUGUCUCUCUAUCCACGAAUUGAGAAGAUCGAAGUAAAGUAUGUUGGCAAAUCUCACCCAGGCACUAUAUUUGUAAUGAACAAAGGACUCUCCACACCAUAUACUUGUGCCAUGCAUUUAAGUGAGUGGCACUGUAAGAAAUCUGUACUCGCCCUUGUAGAUGGAAAAAUCUGGGAAAUGUACCGGCCUUUCACUCAGUCAUGCGAAAUACAGUUUCUUACUUUCAAAGAUGAAGAUCCAGAGGAAGUGAACAAAGUAGUGCUAUCUGGUGCUUUCUGCUAUGAUGUAAUUUUGGACAACAGGCUGAAUGAUUGGAAGCCAACAAAGGAGAAUCUUCAUUCUUUUACAAAAGAAGUUCACAAACUUAUUCACAAAGACCUGCCAUUUGAAGUCCUCGAUGUUGAUAUAAAAGUGGCACUUAAAAUAUUUCAGCACAACCAGUAUAAACUAGAUGUGGUCAAACAAAAAGCUUCACAAAAUUCUGAAGGAACGGUGCAAUUGAAUAGUUUUGACAAAAGCAAACUGGUGGCAAAGAAUCUUUUGGGCUUGUUCAAAAUUCUACAUGGGAAAGAAGUAGCAGUCAGCAGUCCCAUCUAA